AGUGGUAAAGGCUCAUGCCCCCACUUUACAGCCUAGUUGUCUCAACAUUCCACCCAUUCCCAGAAGAGAAGAACAAAGGAGAAACAGUUGUAUGCUGUCUUCCUCACAAUUUGAUCUCAGUUGUUUUCAGCUGAUUUUAUGACAGUCUUCAGAUAUGCAGCCUACCCUCUACAGAAAAUCUGUGUGCUUUCACAUCAGUGGUGUAAAGAUCAUGGAUCUGCAAUAUCUUUUUUCAGGUUUACAGUUUUAAUGGGAAUGCCUUUAAUGUUUUGUUUUUGGUUUUGAGAUAUGAUCAGGAAGCAUUCUUUCAGCAUUCAUUGAAAUAAUUAUAUGACUUUCUUAUUUGACAUUAUUAAGAAGGUUUAAACUUAAUAACUUUUCAUUUUAACUCUUCCUUUAUAUUCUGGAAUAAAGUAUCAAUUUAUUAUGCUCUAAUAUGCUUUAGUGUUGUAGGAAAUUAAAUUUACCAAAGAUGACCACAAUUAUACUUUAUCUUGUCCUUAAUGUUCUUCUUGAAAUGUGACUGAUAUUCUUCCCCACCAAAAGGCAGGGCCUGUGUCCCUUCCUCUCAGAUCUGUCAGAGGCUUAUGAUUGGUUCAAACCAUGGAGUUCAGUAGAAAUGAUGCAGUGUGAAUUAUGAGACUAAGUCAUAAAAAUAAUGAACCUUUUCCUUGCUUUUCUCAUGGGAAAAUUUCUACCAUGUUGAGAGAUAGUCCAGGCUACAUAAGAGAACCAAGUGGAGAGGAACUGAGACCCCCACAUCAACAAUCAGUAACAAUUUGCCUGCCAUGUGAGGGAACCAUCGUGAAAGUGAAUCCUCCCUCCAAGUCGAGAUACUUGAUGACUAUUGAUCUAGACAAUAAUUCACAACAAUUUCAUAAGAGAUUUGAGCCAAAACUGCCUACCCACUCCUAAAUUUCUGGCCUAGAGAAUAUGUUAGAGAUAAUAAAUAAUCAUUCUUUUAAGCCUUUAACUGUUGGAAUUGUUAUAUAGCAGUAUGAUAAUUUAUAAUCUAUAAGCGUUGCUGGAUUUUACUUGCUUUAUAUAUUAUUUGAUUUACCUAUUGUAAUGUUAAUAUUUUCCCCUAGAGAACUAGUUCUUGGAUUCAUUUAACAAUGGCAAAAGUUUUCAAAUUCCCAUAUUUUCUUGUGAUUACUUUAUUGCCUUUCCUUAACAGUUAAGUAGUGUUUCCAUUACAUAUGGUAUAAUACUGGAAUCCUGUUAAUUUUUUCUUCAUAUAAUUAAUCAUUUUUUGUAACACCAUCUAGUGAAGAAUCCAUACUUUCCUCUUUGAUUUAUAAUGCUACCUUCAUUGUUAACAUGUUUUCAUAAAGAAGCAUAUUGGUUAGUGAGAGGCCUCUAUUCUGUUAUACUAAUUCAUUGUUCUCUUCUAAUUUUGCUACUAGCCUUUGGUGGUAUGUCAUUCUCUAGUAAGGCAAAUCUUCCCACUUGGUUUACUUCUCUAUAUGGACUUUUCCUUCCCUAUAAUUUUCAAGGAAAAAAAAUUAUAUUGUGUUUCUCAAAAAAAAUCCAACUGCAAAUAUUCUUGAAUUGUAUUGCAUUUAAAUCAUCUCAUUCAAGAGCAUGGAAGCAUGCUUCUCCUUUUAUUCAGAUAAUCUUCCUUCUUCUCUUUGGAAUUUGAAAGGAUAUAGUUUUUUAUAUUCUUGGUUCAACUGGUCUGUUUGUUGCUGUUGUGUAUGAAAUUUUACUUUCUAGUAGUUGAUUGCUGAUACAGUAUGCUAUUGUCUUAUUGUAACUAGUAAUUUUGCUGAAUAUUUAGUUUGUUUUAUGUGCAUUUUCAUGGGUUUUCAAGAUACAUGUCUCUAAGUAUGAAAAUAAUGACAUUUGGUAUUUUUGCUUCCAAUCUUCAUGCCCAUUAUUUCUUUUCCUUAUAGUAUUUACCAGAACUUCUAGUACUAUGCAACAGUGAUGGUGGUUAUUCUUUUCUUGUUACUAUUAUAAAGAACUACCAUUGAAAUAUCUCCAUUAAGCCUAUAGUUCUUAAUAUACACCUUUAACAUUUUAGAGAGUUUAAAAAUUUUUUUAGUUUGCUAAAAGCUUUUCUUAAUACCAUGUAUAGUUGUUCAAUUUAACAGAAUUUAUGUUACGUGAUUUUCCUGAAUUAGCUGAGAUAAUCAUGAUUGUCUUCUAUAAUACAGGAAAUUAUGUUUCCUUGCAUACCUGGAAUAAACUACACUUGAUCAUGAUGUAUUAUUGAUACAUUACUUAAUUCAAUUAGCUAAUAUUUUAUGUAGGAAUUUUGUAUAUUUACAAAUCUUCAUUUCUAAAAACAGGAGAUUAGACAUUUAAUUUUAUGAACUAGCUGAACACUCCUGGAAAAUUCUGGUAUUUGAAUCACAUAUGCAGCUAAUAGAAGAAUUAUAAGAUAUUUGAGUAAAUUCUUCAAUUUUAAAGAUAGAAAUCAAGAUGAAUGUGCGGCAAACAGGGAUUGAGUCUGAGGAAACAUUAUGUAGACAAGAGACUAUAAACUCUAAUUAAUAUUUCUAAAGUAAUUAAAGAAGACAUAUCCACGAAACUCUUACUCUUAGAAAGAUAUUUAAAGCAUCAAUAAAGUGAGAAAGAAUGCCAAGAAAAACAACCAUGAGUAUGAACAUAAUCUCAUUGAAAUUAAAAUAUAAAAAUAAAAAAUAAAAAUUCAAUGGAAAAGUUGAAGGUAAAAUUGGGAAACUUUUUCGUAUGAUAGAAUAAACAGACAGAAACAAAUUAUAUAAGGGAAAAUGGACAAAGCAAAUACAGACUAUCCAGGAGAAUAAUAUAUGACUAAUAGGGGACUCAGUUUAAGUGCAGUCUUCUAGAUUAAAGAAAUCAAGAAAGGAAUUUUGCAGAGAAACAUGAGAACAUUUCAUAGAGUUGAUGAGCAAUCUGGAUUGUAAUGCUCACUGAAUAAUCAACAAAAAAGUCCCAAACCAAGGAAUCAACAAAAGAAGAUCCUAAAAUAUUUUUAUAGAGGAAACAAAAUAUUACCUACAGAUUCAUUAGAAUUUUUAAAAAAUCAGUCUCAGAAGCAAUGCUUAUAACAAUGAAGCAAUUCUGAGGAAAAAAAAAUUAGUCGACAUUUCUGCACUCAGUUAUGAGGGGUUAAUGAUGAUUUCAAUGUACUGUGAUUCAAAUGAUCUGGGAAUUUUUCCUAGUAAUCCUGCUUGGAGAUUCUCUUAAAUGGUGUAUAUUGAGGAAUACCUUGUCUGCUUCUCACUUUUGCCUUUUUCACUGGCAGUGAGCUUAAUAUUCAUAGGUUUGUUUGCACUCAUUUUGAUGUGUUCCUCCAAAAUGACAGAGUAAAAUAAAGAAUUAUGGAAUAUUGAAAAUUGAGCUUUAAAGAGUAGCCAGUCCAGAUUAGAGCAAGAAGAUAACAUUUCCAAAAUAAAAGGGUUGGGUAGGCUGAGACACUUGAUAAAAUAAAUUAUAUAGAGCUUUUCAAAAUAAGAAUAUGAGGAUAGCAAAUUUCUUAGAACAAAACAAAUCAUCCUUUCAAACAAACUUUAUAAUCAUCGUCAAAAUUAUAUAAGCACUGCAUUGAUUUAACUGAAAAUAGUAUGAAAAUGAUGAAUAGAACUCUAGUAUAUAAUUCAUCAUCUCAUAGGAAGAAGUAAAUAAUAUCUAAAAUGAUCACCCAUGAAGCAAUAAUAUAAGCAAUAUUGAGUAAUAUUAUUGCACUUGGCAAAUUAUUCUUGUCUGAAGUGUAUAUGUGUGGGUCCCUUCUGGGCUGCCUUCUAGCUCUGUGAUCAUUGGAAUUAAUCUGUUUCAACCAUUAUUUACUAUUUUGUAGUACAGAGAUAAUAAUAGUAUUUACAACAUAGGAUUGCUAUGAGGACUAACUAAAAUAUAAGUCGAAGUCAUUAGCUCAUUGGUUGACAGACAAGAGCUAUGUAAGUAUUUCUUUUAUAGUGAUAAUAUUUGAUAUUUGGAUACAUUUUUAAGCCAUUUGGCUACUUGUUAUAUCUUCCCUUACCUUUCUUGUUUUUCUUCCUUUUUUUGAAGUUCUUUCUUUUUCUAUGUGGUUUGCCACUUAUAUUACCUACUAAAUAUCUUUUUCUUUGUUCAUCCUCUCACUUAGAUUUCUUCUGCCCCAAAAGCCUGAUCUUUAACCAGAUGGCAGUAACAUUUGAAGAUGUAACAAUUAUUUUUACUUGGGAAGAGUGGAAAUUCCUGGAUUCUUCUCAAAAAAAUCUCUACUGGGAGGUUAUGUGGGAGAACUACACAAAUGUCAUGUCAUUAGGAAACUUGAAUGAGAGCUACAAGCCACAAGAGCAGCGAUUCAAAUACUUACAAUAUGGAAAUUUUUCCUCCUUGCAGAGCUGGAGAAAUGCUAGCACUCAGAUAUACGAGAAUCAAAAUUAUAAUGAAAUCAUUCAAGGGGUAGAUUCCAAAAAUGUAAAGCAACAAGAUCUUUCCCAGUGUCAAGAGUGGUUAAUUCUCUCCACACAAGUACCAGAGUAUGGAAACUAUGAACUGACCUUUGAAGGUGUAAGCCAUAGGAACUUAAAAUUUAGAAAGUUAAACCUUAUACCUUAUACCUUAGAAACCAAAACCACCCAAGACUUUAGUAGAGAAGAUUACAUGAAUGAUUCUCAUGGUUUUCGAGGGGACGGAAACCAUCUUGUCAUAUCUAGGAAAAAUCUUUUUAUAGAAAAAGACCAGAAAUUCAUAGCUCAGCAUUCUUAUAUCUCAGUGGAAGAAGCCCUUCCAGUAUAUAUUGGGGAGAUAUGCCAGUGUGACCUACUGAGAGACUCUGUGGAGGAUAAAUACUGUGUAUGUAAUAAAUAUAAAGAAAUUCGUUAUUGGAACUCACAGUGUGUUCUCCACAAGAGAAAUCAACUUGGAGAAAACCUCUAUCCAUAUUCCAUUGGCACAGCAUGCUUCUCUCAGAGAUCAGAUUUUUACAGAUAUCCAAGAAUCCACAUAAGUAAGAAGCUGUAUGGAUGUGAUGAAGUUGGCAGUAACUUUAGUCAUGGCUCAGGAGUUUACUUUCAUCAGAGAGUCUUCACAGGGGAUAUACCUUAUAUAUGUAAUAUAUGUGGUAAGAGCUUCAGUCAGAUUUCUUGUCUUCAUAGUCAUCAAAGUGUCCAUACAGAAGAGAAACACUAUAAAUUUGAGUGUAAUAAGGACCUCAGUACAAAUUCACUAUUUCACAUUCAUCAGAGUCUUCACACAGAAGAAAAACCCUUUAAGUGUGAUCAGUGUGGUAAGAGUUUUAGUCGGAGUUCAGUACUUCAUGUUCAUCAGAGAGUCCACACUGGAGAAAAACCAUAUAAGUGUGAUGAAUGUGGUAAGGGCUUCAGUCAGAGCUCAAAUCUUCGAAUUCAUCGGUUAGUACACACAGGAGAGAAGUCUUUUAAAUGUGAUGACUGUGGUAAGCGCUUUACUCAACGCUCAAAUCUUCAAAUUCAUCAGAGAGUGCAUACAGGAGAGAAGCCUUAUAAAUGUAGUGACUGUGGGAAAGACUUCAGCCACAGCUCAGAUCUUCGCAUUCACCAGAGGGUCCACACAGGAGAGAAACCUUAUACCUGUCAUGACUGUGGGAAGGGCUUUAGCAAGAGUUCAAAACUUCACACUCAUCGAAGAAUACACACUGGAGAGAAACCUUAUAAAUGUGAAGAGUGUGGUAAGGGAUUCAGUCAGCGUUCACAUCUUCUCAUUCAUCAGAGAGUUCAUACAGGAGAAAAACCCUAUAAAUGUGCUGAUUGCGGGAAGGGCUUUAGUCACAGCUCUAAUCUUCACAUCCACCAGAGGGUCCACACUGGAGAGAAGCCUUAUCAAUGUGCAAAGUGUGGUAAGGGUUUCAGUCAUAGCUCAGCACUUCGAAUUCAUCAAAGAGUCCACGUGGGAGAGAAAACUUAUAAAUGCCAUGAGUAUUAUAAAGGGUUUGAUCAGAAUUCACAUCUUCACAAUAAUCACAGAGAAACUGUAUAAAUCUUGUUUAUUAAUAGCUUCAAGUAAAGCUUAAUCAUUAAACUCAAUAAAUGCUGCUGGAAAACAAAUCCUGUAAUUAAAACAAAAUUCUAAACAAAAGUACUUUCCCCUCCUACCUCAAGAGGCAAUUCUUAGGAGAAUUACUAUUUAUUUAAAAUUAAAUGUAAUUUCUUUACUAUACAAUACAUAAUUAUUACAAAAUAUAUAUUAAAAUUUAAGGAAAGAUUUUUUUUGCA